AUGGACAAGAAGCUCCAAAUCAAGCUGAAUGCAAACCGAAUGAUUGUUGGGACCUUGCGUGGAUUUGACCAGUUCAUGAAUUUGGUGGUUGAUAACACUGUAGAAGUGAAUGGUGAUGAGAAGACCGACAUUGGCAUGGUGGUGAUCAGAGGAAACAGUGUGGUUACUGUUGAAGCACUUGAACCUGUGGCCAAAAUGCAGUAGUUGUUGGUUUUGAAAACCUAUUUUGAUUUAGUAUGCAAAGCCAAACUAUGUAACUUUGUUAUGAUGGUAAUGUGUUUCCUAUGUCACCCUUGCCACCAUGCAGAUUGUUAUGAAUGUAAACUCUGUCAUUCUAUAUGGGAUAGUGGUUAAUCGAGU